ACACAGUGAACCAACUCUGUCAGCCUCGAGCUGCCUGUGGUGGAAAAAAUCCUGAAUUCUUUGGAGACGCCCGUUCCUUGGGCAGUGUGGUGCCACCGGACAAGGCCUUCAUUGAGCAGGAACAGGAGUGGUCUUGUAGAAGGGAUCCACACUGGCUCGGCCUACGAAGCAACAGAGCUGUCCAAGGACGAUUAAAUAUUUAAGAGCAUGGAAAGGAGGUCUCAGUGGUUUCCCUGAUUUUCCAGGGAGUGCUCCCUCUUUUCAGUAAUGGAGGUAUUGCAGUGUGACGGCUGUGACUUUCGUGCCGAGUCAUAUGAUGACUUGAAGACCCACAUUCAGGAAGUGCACACCGUUUUCCUGCAGCCUGCAGACGCAGAUGAGUCUGACUCUCUGAAAGACGAGGAUGAAGAUGAGGAGGAAGAGGAGGAAUAUGAGGACAAGGAUGACAAGGAUUAUACGCCUCCUAAAGCUGGAAUGAGCCCCAUCUCUACUGACAAUUCCAACCAAACACAACAAAAGCAGACAGCUGAAACCCACCUGCCGUUUUAUCAGUGCAAGUUCUGUGUUCGUUACUUCAGAUCGAAGUCAUUCUUAAAAAAUCACACCAAAAAAGUGCAUAAUGUUGUAGAGGAAGAUUCAGAUGCAAGUAUCUCCUCCCAGACAGCUAAGCAGUCCAGCUACACCGUUAUAAUGCACAAUGACCAUUCAAAGGUGUAUUCUUGUCAGUACUGCACAUACCAGUCUCCACGCAAAGCAAGGAUAAUGAAACACCAACUAAUGUAUCAUAGCAAGGUUCCCUCUGAGAGCGCUGGAGAUCCUUCAGAAUACGCAGAGACCACGGAGGAAUCGGACUCAGCCAGUGUACUCACGAAGGGAACAUUUGCCUGCGAAUGGUGUGACUAUCAGACUGACCAGAAGGACAGCUGGACUAAUCACGUGGUGAAGGAGCACAGUGACAAGGUCAAGAUAGUUUCUUCUAUUGCAGAGCUGGAAGGGGAGUCAAGUGCAAGCUCACCCAAACCAGAUUCUCCCUCCGCUUCCCGAAGCCCAACUAGAUCAAGGAUGAGUUCAACUGACGUUUGUGAAAAGGAAGAGCCGGUAGGAAAAACAGAAGAAAACGUGUCAGAGAAGACAGUCCCAGAGAUCUCUACCUUUCAAUAUGCACAGAUUCGUGCCGUAACACCCAACAGCACAGGUUCCUCCAUUUUGUCCAAGAGGUUUGCUUCAGCUGACAUCUCCAAUAGUGUCGUAGGGCUGGAUGCCAAUUUAUUUAAUGAGGAGGACUCUCGUAGCAGCUUAGAGGAUGAUGAUGAGGAAGAGUUGGGCGACAUAGAUGAUCCUAGCUAUACUGGGACCCUGUCAGCAGAUGCAAAGCAGCUUUUAACUGAUGAGGACAAUAAAUUACUGGAGACUAAAGGAAUACCAUUUAGAAAGUACAUGAACCGUUUUCAGUGCCCCUUCUGCUCCUUCCUCACCAUGCACAGGCGGAGCAUCUCCCGCCACAUUGAAAACAUUCACCUUUCUGGUAAAACCACAGUGUAUAAAUGUGAUGAAUGCCCGUUUAUUUGCACCAGCCCUCUUAAACUAGGCACGCACAAACAGAGCCACAUAUCCUCAGAUUUAGACACCAUGGAUUUAACAAGCGAUAGUCCAGAUCCUCACAGUGACAAUGCUACAGAGCCAGUUAACGGGGGUAAUGUAAGCUCCAAAGUCAAUGGAAAAAAGAUAACCAGCACACCGAACGACCAGCAGAACCCUCAUCGCUGCACGCUCUGCAGCUUCUCUACCACCACUCUGAAAGGUCUGAGGGUUCACCAGCAGCACAAGCAUUCCUACUGUGAUGACCUAGAUCCCACUGUCUUUGAAAGCCAGCUGACUGACCAGACCGACUCUGAAAUAGAUGCUUCUCCAAUCUUUCUACAAAAAACCCAGACCUCCAUUUUAGGACUUGCCACCAAAAAGCCCUUAGUAACAGGGAAAAGAGCCAGGAAGUCCAUUAAUGACUUGCCUUUGGAUUUGUCCUCGGUUAAGAAGAGAACUAGAAUUGAUGAAAUUGCCAGUAACCUUCAAAGUAAGAUAAGCCAAAGCCAACAGGACAUGAUCAUAAACCUAGAUGACAUGGAUGAUGAAGAUGCAGGAGAAAAUCACACCAGUUCUGAUAAAGAGGGUAGAAACCAUGACAAUAAAAACCAUGUCUUCAAUUAUAACACACAACAGCUUCAUGCAAGAGAAUCAAUGAUCUCUCACGAGGGAGGCAGAAUAGGGAAAAGAAAAAGCAACCCUAAGUCAAAAACUAGAAACCUUCCUAUAUCACUGACUCUCUCAGAUGAUAGUGAAAACAUCUCUGCUGAACCCAGCGACAAUGCCAUUCAAGAGAACGCUGAUUAUUCAGAGGAACCGGGAACUACACGUUUCUACUGUAAACACUGUGAUUACCACAACAAAUCAGCUCGCAGCGUUAGCACCCAUUACCAGAGGAUGCAUCCUUACAUCAAGUUCAGCUUUAAGUACAUCCUGGACCCCGAGGACCAGAGCGCGGUCUUCCGCUGCUUAGAGUGCUAUAUCGAAUACACAAAUUACAACGAUCUGCACCAACACUACAUGGAUCACCACCCUGAAGCAAGCAAUGUGCUGAACUUCAACCAACCAAAUCUGGUAUACAUGUGCCGCUUUUGUUCGUACACAAGCCCCAAUGUCAGGAGCCUAAUGCCCCAUUACCAAAGAAUGCACCCUACAGUAAAAAUCAACAAUGCUAUGAUCUUCUCCAGCUAUGUAGUGGAGCAGUCCCAUAAAACGGGUGAAUCGCAAACCCUGAGGGAAAUAUUAAACUCUGGCCCCAAGAAUUUGAACUCGGCCACAUCAACCCCCAGGUCAUCCUCCAGCCCAGUGCUGAAAACGGUCUCUAAGACCCCUGAAGCCAGUGCUGAGACAGACCCUCUCAAAGAAUCUGUGGGUGGCAAUGUUGUCGUCUAUGAUUGUGAUGUGUGUUCUUUUGCUAGCCCCAACAUGCACUCUGUUUUGGUCCACUAUCAGAAGAAACACCCAGAGCAAAAGGCGUCUUAUUUCCGUAUACAGAAAACCAUGAAGGUCAUCUCAGUGGAUCAGUCGCAGUCUGUUGCAAACUCUUCAUAUAAUCUCAGCAUGGCUGCACCUCCAAAACAACCAAGCGCAGAGCUGUAUGGAUCAGAUGAAGAAAUGUACUACUGUAAACAUUGCGUGUACAGCAACAGAUCUGUUGUUGGUGUGUUGGUCCAUUAUCAAAAGAGACACCCAGAAGUAAAAGUGACAGCAAAAUAUAUCAAACAUGGCGCCCCCACCCCUGGUUUGAUGAAAUUAAUGGAUGAAUUGCAAAUUGCGGCUCCUAAACAGUUUUUGAAGCAGUUUCAAAAUAAUGGUCAUGAUGGAUCUAACAACACAAGCCCUAAACCAGGAAGUGGUGAGAAAGGUGAAGACGAGCUGUUCUUUUGUCAGCAAUGUGAUUAUGGCAACCGCACUGUAAAAGGAGUGCUUAUUCAUUACCAGAAGAAGCAUAGGGAAACCAAGGCCAACGCUGACCUUGUGCGUCGUCACACUGCAGUUGUCCGUAGUCAGCGCGAGCGUGCACAGAUGGUUCAGUCAAGCAGUGUCUCUUCAGCCUUGAUCCCAGCCCCACCAGACCCUGAAAACACUACGCCUCUGCGCUCCCUGAAGUGUAGACACUGUUCCUACACAUCCCCCUAUAUCUAUGCCCUAAAGAAGCAUCUGAAGAAAGAGCACCCCACUGUGAAAGCCACAGCUAUGACCAUUUUACACUGGGCUUACCAAGAUGGCAUUCUAGAGGCUGGCUACCACUGUGAGUGGUGCAUUUACUCCCACGCUGAACCCCAAGGCCUGCUGCUCCAUUACCAAAGACGCCAUCCAGAGCACAAUGUUGAUUACACAUACAUGGCCAGCAAGCUAUGGGCUGGUCCGGAGACCACUCAACAAGGAGGCAAUAUGGAAACUAAACAUUACAAAUGCAGAGACUGUGCCUUUGAGGCCUGUACAAUAUGGGACAUCACUAGUCACUAUCAGGCAGUCCACCCUUGGGUCAUUAAAGGGGAUGAAUCUGUGCUUUUGGAUAUUAUCAAAGGAAAUGGCUCAGCUGAAAAGAUCCACCAGCAGGUUGCCAAAGAACAUGCGUCUUUCGAUUGUCAGCCUGUUGAAGAUGAUGGACCACUGGUCAUUGUCACUACACCUCAAGAAAGCAAUCCCCCUCCUCCCCACCCACGCCUUUCCAUCUCUAACAAUCCUUAUCAGUGCACUGUUUGUCUGUCAGAGUACAACAGUCUCCAUGGCCUCCUCACUCACUAUGGAAAGAAGCACCCAGGUAUGAAAGUAAAAGCUGCAGAUUUUGCACAGGAGGCAGACAUCAACCCCAGUUCUGUGUAUAAAUGUCGUCACUGUCCAUAUGUAAACUCCCGAAUCCACGGUGUCCUAACUCACUAUCAAAAGAGACACCCAUUAGUGAAAGUCACGGCAGAAGACUUUGCUGAUGAUAUAGAGCAAAUCCCCGACUUAAAUGAAGGAGAAGACAAGUGCAAAACUCAAAGGCAAGGCUAUGGCGCAUACAGAUGCAAAAUGUGCCCAUACACGCAUGGGACACUGGAGAAACUAAAAAUCCAUUAUGAGAAAUAUCACAAUCAGUCGGCUUCUGAAAUGUUCUCUUCCUCUGUGACAUAUUUCUCUCCUGGUAAAGAAACAGAGCCAGUAGCCGAAUGCAGUGCUGGUAAUAUAUCAAGCGCAGCAAAGGUCCAGGAGGUCAGUGAAUUGGACCUUGCCCACUCAGAGUUACCCAUCAAUAAGACAGAGAAACAUGCUAUAUUCAAGUGUCAGCUCUGCAAAUACUUUUGCUCCACCAGGAAAGGCAUCGCUCGUCACUACCGUAUCAAGCACAACAACGUCCGUGCUCAGCCAGAGGGUAAAAACAAUGUCUUCAAAUGUGCUCUGUGUUCUUACACAAACCCUAUACGCAAAGGUCUGGCAGCACACUACCAGAAGCGGCACGAUAUUGAUGCCUAUUAUACCCAUUGUCUGGCUGCUUCCAAAACUAUGACCGAAAAGCCUAACAAAGUAAUCGCACCCCCGCCGUCAGAAGGGGACAAUUCAGAAAUGAGUGAAGAGUUGCGUUUGGCUGUGGAGAGACGAAGGUGUUCUCUUUGCGCCUUCCAGGCCUUCAGCAGGAAGAGCAUUGUCUCACACUACAUUAAACGCCACCCCGGUGUCUUCCCCAAGAAGCAGCAUGCUAGCAAGCUUGGCCGCUACUUUACCGUUAUCUAUGCCAAAGAACCUGAGAAGAUUGCUGUCAGUUCAAUAGCAGAGGAUGACAAGGACGUGCUGGAGGUUCAGCUUGAAACCGAGCAGGACGGAGAGGUCGAAUGGCUGCCUUACAAGUGUCUAAAAUGCUUCCGCUUGUCCUUCAGCACAGGCGAACUGCUUUCUAUGCACUACAACGACCACCACAGCAAUGACUUGAAGAGGGACUUUGUGGUAUCGCCCGAUCACGGGGAUGAGGACUCUGAGUUGUACCAGUGUUCUCACUGUGAGCUGAAGUUCCUGGCUCUCCCGAUUCUGGCCAAACAUCUAUUGAACCACAAUGAAGAGUUUCAGAAGAGGGCCAUGAGGCUGGAGAGGAGGAGGCAGCUGCUCAGCAAACAGAAAGCCGCAGAACUGCCUGAGACCAAACCUGAGAAGGAAAGCCUUGUUAAUAAAGCACCCAUAGGAUUCAGGUGUAACUUCUGCAUAGAGAUGCACCCCACCCUCCGAGCCAUCUGCAACCACCUUCGGAAGCACGUCCAGUAUGGAGAGGUCAAAGAGGGACAUGUCAAGCAGGAAGUCAGCGAGGUCCCCCUUACCCUGCCUUCAGAGAGCCUGACCAACGGCGACCUCGAGGGGGAUGAAGCAGCUGAGUCUGAAGCCGAUGGCAUCGAGAGACCCGCGGCUACGAUGGUCGGUCAAUCCUUGGUUUCCACAGCUUCUGGUGGUGUUGCCGUUGCCGCUGAGCCAAUGGAACCAAAAACGGAUGCUAUUGAAGGAAGGGCAGCAGCUCUCGUGGCUGCAGCGAGGGCCGUGGUGUCAGAGGGCGAACUGAAGCAGCGAUUAGCAGCAGGGGGUCACCCAUGUGCCCAGUGUGACCGAGUCUUUAUGUCCAUGCAGGGACUGAGGUCCCAUGAGAGGAGCCACUCAGCCAUGGCGCUGUUCAGCAGAGAAGACAAAUACAGCUGCCAGUACUGCCAGUUUGUCUCACCGUUCAGACACAAUCUGGACAGACAUGUGCAGUCUCACCACGGACACCACAAGCCCUUCAAGUGCAAACUCUGCCCGUUUAAAUCUGCCUACGUGAGUCGCUUGAAGAGCCACCUGCAUAAGGCACACACAGGUGAGCAGUACACAUACAAGUGCUUGUCGUGCCCCUUCUCCUCUAUGACCAUCAGUCAGCUGAAGGAGCACUCUCUGAGAGACCAUGAUCUAUCAUACCUAGAGGAGCCAGCGGAUGUUCGUCAGCAGCUUAGUCAUUACCAGCUAGCCUCCCGCAGUCAAAUGUCCUCUGGCUCAACACCUGGUGGCUCAACAGUGGCUGAUAAUCGACCAGACAGCAUCCUCACUUGUGAGUUCUGUGAGUUCAGCUCUGGAUACAUGCAGAGCCUGCGUCGGCACUACAGGGACCGCCACGGUGGCAAGAAGCUCUUCAAGUGCAAAGACUGUUCCUUUUUCACCUGCUACAAGAAUACCUUCACCAUGCAUGUGGAGGCCGGUCACAACAACAACAACAACAACAACAACAACAGCAACAACGCACCUGACCACUUCUCUAAAGACCUGCGCUGCCCUCUCUGCCUCUACCACACAAAACACAAGAGCAAUAUGAUUGACCACAUUGUCCUGCACAGAGAGGAGCGCGUGGCUCCGUUGGAGGUCAGCCGCUCCAAGCUGUCGCGCCACCUGCAGGGCCUCAUAUUCCGUUGCCACAAAUGCACCUUCACAUGCUCGAGUGACCAGGCCCUGCAGCUGCACCUGCAGAAGCAUGCUGAGAUCAAACCCUACCAGUGCCAGCUCUGUUAUUAUGAUAGCAGUCAAAGGAGCCAGCUAGAGGAGCAUCUGCGCCUUGAGCACAAGGUUAUUCGGAACUUCGAGCUGAUGGGCCGCGUCAACCUGGACCAGCUGGAGAUGAUAAAGGAACAAGGGAGCAGUGCAGAAGAGGAAGAAGAAAGAGAAAUCUUGGAGAUGGUUGAAGAUGGGAAAGAAGUUGCAGAGGAAGAGGAUGACGAAGAUGAAAUGGAGAUUGUGGAGAACAUAGUGGAGGAACAGAGAGAGAUGGAUGAUGAAGAGAUAGAGGAUAACAUCAAAGAUGAAGAGGAGGAAGAGGAGGAGGAGGAGGAUAAAGAGGAAGUCAGGGAGGUGGAGGAGGAGAAGCCUGGCCUACAAGAGGUCCUUGCAUCUCCCACCAGCAGCAGCAGCUCUGCACCGAGCAACUCAGAGAAGCGUCUUCCCUGUGAGUUCUGUGGCCGCUGCUUUACCAACAGCCUCGAGUGGGAACGUCAUGUCCUUCGACAUGGCAUGAUGGUAAACAACAGUCAAAUGGACACCAGCACCACCUCCACAAUAGAAGCCUCAGCUUCAUCUUCCUCUGGCUCCGCCUCGGCCUUGAUGGACACAGGAUUGCACCUGUCCAGCAACAAGGAAGGGAACCCCGCUGAUCUGUCACUGAGAAGUCCAAGCCAGUAUGUGGAAGACAAAGAAAUGCUCAACACCAAAAAUGAUCAACAGUUUGGUUGAACUGAUUGUGGCCUCCUGUGCUAGAAACUGAUAACAUUGGGUAGGAUCAACACUGAGUUGGAUCUUUAAAUAGGAUGUCAAAGGAAACAAAAAGAUUGAAACUGAAAAAAAGUGACUUCUUAUGAGUUGGCGCAUUACUAGAUUUUAGGUGUGUUACAUAUUUAAGUAUUAGAUUGUGCUGCAUAAAACGGCUGAGCUCUUUAAAUGGGCAGUCCCCUAGGACAGAUCUUAAUAUAUUGGUAACCAAUAGUGAACAGAACUCUUUAUUGCUGACAUUCUGGUCAAAUCUACAGUGAAAGAUCCCACCUAGAUAAAAACUAAGCUAUUUAUAAAGAAUGUUGUCCAAAAUUAUUAACUAAAUUUAGUGUUUUAUUAUUUGAAGCACCUUUUACACUCCCCCAAAACAGGGGUACUUUAAAUUUACCCAAAAUAAAUAAACAAGAUAUGAAAGCAUUUAAACCAUGGCCCACUGUAAAGCUUUUUCAUCUUAGGCUUGUGUUAAUUGUGUAGAAGUAUUCCUUGAGAAAGAGUCGCACCUUAUCUAUUUUAGUAAAACCACAAAUCAUGUUUUCUUCAUUCGUAGAAAUACUGACAAUUCCCCCCAAUGUUUGUAGCAAAUUGCUAUAUUUUAGGUCCCUUAAUAUUAUACUACGUAUAAGCCUUCAGCCUGUGGCACCCUUUGCAUUUUGACUGUACUAUUUUAUUGUCCAGAUAUUUCACUGAUUAAAUCAUAAAAAUAAUGGGAUGAGUUUAAGCCUCCCAUCCCCGUAAGAUAUGAUAUCUUGUGGUGUUUGUAGUCCAGGUUAAACAAGAUCACAGUUGACCUAUGCACUCAGCAGAACAUUAUAACAACAGAGAUAUGUGUCACGACUGUAUGCAUUUGACAUAGGUAUUUAUUAAUCUGAUCAUAGCAAAGGUUAGCCUGGAACAUAUUACUACAGGAUUUUACAACAGUUGCGUGAUAUUUGUCACUGUGAUCAAUAGACCGAGAUUACACUUGUCUUUUCAGUGCACAUUUGACAAUUGGAUCUGCCAGAGUCCAGCUCUGCACAUACUGUAUGUGCAUCCACAAAUGACAAUUUAAUGCAAAGUUUGGAGGAGGCUGACCACCACAGUUGAGUGUUGAAGCCAGUGUGCUAGUGCCUUAAAAUGCAGUUCCUCUAAUGGCCACUAAAUGGCUUUAAUUGCUGUAAACGCACAAUACGUAAUUUUCUGCCGCGAGGGUUCUCUUAAUCAAGAGAUGGAGUUUUUAGUGACGUCAUGAAGUAGCUUGAGGAUGGGAUCAGGGGAGUUGUUGUCUUCACCACACUUCAUUGCAGUCAGCUUCUCACGGUUAGGAUUUCUUCAGUGUUCAUCGGGUUUUUACCGGGAUCCGAAUUAUCCUCAUAGGUAUCCUCCUCUCCAAAACAACGGAGCAGGUUAUUAAAACCAGUAAAAACACUGAAUAAAGCAGUUUCACAUAAAAAAUCAGUGUUUCUCUAAAGCUGUUUUGCGACAAAGGACUUCUCGGAGGGGCUAUGAGCCGACCUAACGUUUGCUCUGCUUGUUUCUCUGAAGAUCUAGUCUGAUGACUAAAAUCUUUCAUCCGGUUAAGAUAUAUAGUAAAAAAAACAACCAAGAUCUAAAAAGUGAAGAUUUAAAAUGUGGCUUAAAACUGGAUUAAAAAAUAUUUUAUGACAGCUUCUGGUAGACAACCACAACACUGCGCAAAUGUAACCUUGAUUCAAAUUACAGAUUUCUCUGGGUUGAAAAUUGUUGGAAACAUUUAGGAUAAUGUAAGUACACAACUCAAUAAACUAUAUAACAUAGGUCUUGUCAUUUUUAAACAUUUUAAUGCGGAAAAGUUACAUAUUAUGCCUUAAAAAAAGGUCAGCUGGUUUGAAGUAACCAGGAAAUCAAGUAGGUUUUCCCACAAUAAUUUAUAGCCUCAAAAUCUAAUUUCACUCCUAAUGUGGGUCUUAGUGGCAAUUUUCACAGUCAUUGUUUAAGUAAGAUCAGAUUAGAUGAAAUUAGAUUUGACUUUAUUGUAAUUGCAGCAAUUGAGUGAGUACCAGUACAAAGACAUGUGGUGUAGUGGUAUUUAGCCAUGGCAAUAGCUUUGGUUUAUUUGCCAAGGGUUUGAGAUAUCUGUCUCUGAGAUUUCUGUCGGUCCAAUGGAAGUGGUUGAAAUUUAAUUUGUUAUACUCACAGCAUUAAAGAAAAUGCAGUUUUCAUUGGAACUACUUUCUACUAAAUAAAUAUUCCCUGAAAACUGUUGAUAAUGUGUUCUGAGCGUACUACUAUAUUAUCUGGAGUGAAAGCAAUAUAAAUGCUGCUGAGUGUUGUUGUUUUUUUAUGCUGUGAGCAUCACAAAUGAAAUGCCAUGCUAAACUGGGUAUGUGUGUUUGCUUGAUUGACAGAUGUCUCUGCCUUUCACAGUCAGCCCUGGUUAUUACCUCAACUCCAUCCAGGUCCCUCCACAUCGCCCAAAUUCAGAUUGUUAGGCUUCAAAUGACUGACAGGCUGGCAUUAAGCAUUAAACUCAAAUCUUGGCUUCAAGACAUCCCUUUAGAAACUUAUGGCUGAUGCCACAGACAUGUUUUCUACAGUCUGUAGUCCAGUUGUGACGCAAUAUACACUGAAAAGACAAUUGUAACCAAGUCAAAAAGCCCUAAAACCAAUUGUUUCCACAUAUAUAGAGUUUAUUUGCCACUGGGACUGUAUGUUGAACAUUUACUUUUUAAAGGUGUCAAAUCGCCCAACUUAAACAGCCUUUAAAUUAUGUAUUGGCACAACUGUCAUAGCCUGCAUAUGUGUGCUUCUUUUUAGACAAAGUUCUCAUGUUAUUGUUAUUACUGACAAAAGGCAGAGAUUGUAUUUGUUGGAAGUUGCUGCUUGAAUGCCCUAAAGCCUUAUAAGAUAAUGAAUAGCAAUUAUUAAGAAAUAUUUAUAUUCAAUUCCAAUAAGACCAAUAAGCAACGUUAAACAAUCGGAAAUAAAGUGGCUGAUAACUACAAUGUCGAAUUCGUAAAGGAGAACAAUUAAUGUAUUGUGUUCUUGGUACCAAACAUUUACCAAACCCGCUGUGUUGCUGCUGUGAUUGUCUUUCCUGAACAUUGAACCAUUGAUGGAAAUAGGAAAUUUGGGUUUGGAACCCAGGCGAACCACAUGUUUGCAGCCAUGUAUAGAAAACAAAAUUACUUGUUAAGUGUUUGAACCGUGGUGUUUCAGAAAGGAUACUUUAACCCUUUUUUCCUUUAGGUGUUCUCAUUUAAAAAAAAAAAAAAAAAAAAGAAAUCUAAAGAUGAUAGCUAACCCUUAAGGGCUUUUUGAGUCCCCAAUCCAACAUUAUUACGCUGUUGUACAAUGUCUGGUUACAAUGAAAAAUAUCUCCUUUUUAUAUUGUAAUGGGAAUGAGCAGAAGAGCAGUGUGGUUGUACAAUAUUUAAGCACGUGAAGGAAAAUGAUUCAGUUCUCUACUAAUUAGUGGCCAUGGCUUUUAUUGUGAAGAAGAAAAAAAAAAUUGUUACUUUGGGCGCAAUUACCUAAACUGCUUGGUCCUUUUCUGGGCUUAGCCACGAUCUGGUUUCCCAGUCGAUCCAUAGAUCCCUCUAAAAUCUAGCUGACUCAUGUCCAAUUCAACACCUGACACUCCAGUAAGGGCAUCAGCUCACUUGCUCCAAGUAGGCCUAACGGUAGUCUACCCAGUCAACAAGAGGUGGGAAUGUAGCAGCCCCACUAUGCUCCUCAGUCCUCAUACCUUAAAAACCUGUUGAGUUGGUGCUGAAUCUCAAAGCCCUUUUCUGUUUUUCAGGACCAGCUUGUAGCUUUUUGAAAGUAAAACUGUUUGAAAACUGUUGUUGUAGAAAUAAGCUUUGUAGGGCAGCUUGUUGCCCAGCUUGAAAGCCCAGUGUAAACAGAUGAUAAAUUGGGACAAUCUGGGUAAUGAAGCUGUCAACCCAAAAUUGUUUGUUGUUCUGUGAUUAUUUUAAUAGAAAAUGACUAUGAAUCCUUCACUGUGUGCAGUCUCUAGACUGUAAUAUUCCCAGUUUACCCAAAGUUAAGCCUCUGCUGACAACACACUGGAUACUUGUAUAUAUGUUUAGUUUGUUUCCGAUGCAUUUCUCUUUUCAGACUGUUGUCGUCAUAGUUUGACACUAGAAUCUCUCCUUCUUGCCUUUCUUCCCAUAUAAAUCUGAUUACCUGAUGGUGGGUUGUGAUGUUGCCUAGAAUGAUUGUUUACAAUUUUAUUCCAUUUAUCUCUGGAUAUUCUGUAAAUAUUGUAAUUCAUUGUCUUUUUUUAACUUGAUAAUAAAGUUAUCAGAUAACGGUUAA